GCCUUCCACGGAUGGUGUGCGCGCUUCGUCUGUUGAAUCUGUCAGGCUCCGUAGUUCCUAUAUCCCGCCGUCUCCGACAAACGCCUUUUCAAGAAUCUGUCGACUUGCCGGCGUGAUCCCGUCAAACCACCGCACAGAUUCUCUGUUAUCAAUUCACGCUAUUAUCAAAGCAGUCUGUCUCACGAGGAGUGUGUCGAGUGUUUUCAAAUACCCCGCGCGUUCGCACAGCCAGCCUCGAAGUAACACAACAACAUGGAAUAACAUAAAGAAAAAUGAUCGAUUGCUCAGUGUCCGAAUCCCGGAGCCAGCAGACACUACAAGUUCCUAUUGUUCAAUUGCAAAUUACUUACCAGGAAUAAUACUUUAUUUCUGCUUGUAACGGUUCGUGUUUUUGUUUUUUUCAUGAAGAAACAACGGGAAAUGAACAGUGAAAAGUGAAAACAGUUGCAUUUGAAAAUCAAGAAUUUCACCCACUCGAAACAUUGGCCAUCGGACACACAAAGUUUGGCGCAGCUCAGUCCCCCCCUGUAUAUAUACCUUCCAGUACACAGAGCACCUCUCGGUCAGGAUGUCAUAAACGAUGGCAGGUUGAGUCCGCCCUCCAGCAGCAACAACCUUCCCGAAGGCCACAAGUGCUGGCUCUCCGACAGUUUCAUGCGUAAUCCUCGCAUACCCAACCAAACACGAACAACAACAAGCAUAACUAAACAGUUAUUCAGAACCGGAAUUUUUUCGACAAAAGUUUGGCAAAAGGAGGACGCUGUGUUUUGUGAAAUCCAGGUCCCGUCAUGGAGUCGCCUACAAGACUGAGCCAGUCGCGGUUCUUUCGCUUCGGACGUUUGAGCAGCAAGGCGUCUCGCAAAAGUUCCUCGGGCUACAGCAACCACAGCUUCACGGCGCACCCAUUGGAAGCGGUGGAUCAAAAUUGUCCGGUCGAGACGAGCUACGCCAGCAGCGAAAUCAUUUAUCAGCAGCUCAAUCAUCGCUCGGCCUCUAUGAGCACGUUGCCAUCCAGCCUGCCGCCCGGUACGUACACUCCGCUUCCGUACGGUGAAAACUUUGGUAUGCAUCAGCCCCGUUUGUCGCAGCUUCAGACUCUCGAAGCCAAGAUGGCCAGUAUCGCCGUGUCUCUGUCGGGGGGCGGACGACGUUCGGCCGGAACUCUGCCGCACCACCAUCAGCCCAGUCUGAGAAGCAGCCCGUCCGUCGAUACCGUCAGAAGCGUCGGCAAAGCGUCCAGCAGCACCGGCAGUCAUUUGCACCACCAUCACCAGCAACAACAACAACAACAGCGAUCAAGUUCCGGCUCCAGCAGCAGCAAACACAUCCGCAACGAAAUCGAACUCCUCCGCAAAAUCAUUCACGACAAAGACGUCCUCAUUCAAAGUCUGCAGCAGCAGCGGGAGCAGCAAGGUGCGACUAUGACGACUGUGCUGCAGCAGCAGCAGCAGCAGCAGCCGACGAGUGUGACGAGCGGCACCAACUGGGCGACGUCCAACGAGCGCCAGCAGAUCGAACGCCGUUUGGCUCUCAUCCACCGCGACAUUGAAUUGAAGCGAGCCGUCAUCAAGAAUCUGAGACUUUCGCUGCAGCAGACCAACGUCUCCGACAACAUCGACUCGCACAUCAAGCAAGCCGAGACGGAAUACCAGCUGGAAAGGGAGGAGACCAACUUGCUGAACCUGCAGGAUGAAAAGCGGACGCUCCUCUUGCGAUUCGGCGGGGCCAUCCAUCAGUGGGGACGAAACGGCGUCGGUGGCAACGGCAACGGCAGCAGCAACAACCUCGCCAGCAGCUCAUUAUUCCGCAUUCUUCACGGACAUGCCCCUCUGGUGAUCGUCAUCAACAAAGUGGAAUAUGACGCGCAGAAUCCCAGUUUCCAGCUGCAGUGCCCCAAUGCCGGCGAAGAUAAUAGGAACGGACCACUACCCAUCGUGGACUCGUGCACCAUCCAAUGGGCGCGGGAAGAUCUCAACUUGAAAGUCGGCGACAAAGUGUUGGAGAUUAACGGACAGCUGAUUCCCGGCCAAGAGAAAGUGGACGUGGCCAAACUGUUGACAUCAGGGCCGGUAGAGAUGGUCGUGGCUCGUCAGAGCCGAGAAGAAACUUUUGUGACGCAAAUGCAAGAGCUUUCGUCGAAAUUGGAACGACUAGGCCAGGAGCGUGAUGGCCUCAAAGGUGAAAACCUGCGGUUGAAGCACCGCAUCUCCUAUUUGGAAGAAGUGCGCCACGAUGAAGAGCUGGCCGAAGAGGAGGACGCCCAGCAGCAGCUGACGCCCAAGGAAAAAUCCAGUAACCGCGGGGCUUCCAAAACAUGUCAACCUCAACAGCCGCAGCAGCACGACAGUCUUUCGUCUGGCGAGAGCCAAUCGCUGUACCGAUCGGAGAUUCGCGUCCAGGCGCCCGUUCGUCAAAAGCCUCCGCGAACGUCCAAGUUGAAGGCCAGCAGCAAUUCGACUGGGCGACACAGUAGCUCAGCAGCAGUGCCCGAAGCUGAUUACGUCGAUCACGGCAAACGAUUGAAUUCGUCGUCCCUGGACGGCCGCCGAGGCGCAUCCGCAGCGACGGCCGCAACGGAACCGAAUGGAGAUUUUCAUCCGCUGACCAACGGCGGCGUCACCGUCGAAACGGGUAGCAUGAACCGGAUCAAAACGUCGUCGAUUGUCGAUAGGCACUUUGGUCACGUCAUCCGCGUCACCCAUCAUCAUCAUCCUCACCAGCAGCAAGCGACGCCACCUCCGCAGACGCCGUCGUCGGCUUCGUCUUCGUCCCACGAUUACGCGUCGCGACGCCAGCGGAUACCAGCCGAUUCCGUUUCGGUUUCCGACUUGCAAAGCGUCGCCUCUUACGACUCUUUUAUCGACUCGCAUCCGGUGCGACACAAUCACAUUGGCCAGUCCAUGGAAACCGUUUCCAAUGUUUCGUUGAUGACCAGACCCUUUAAUCAACGUUCUCCGUCUUCGCCCACUCGGUCGGAGGUGCAAAGUGUUGCCUCGAUGGAUCUGGAGAGACGUCGUCACGGUUACAUCAGCGAUGAGCAGACCAUUUCAUCUUCCAUGAACUACGGAGGACUGUUGACCGGAGGCAAGAAGCCGAAACCCGUUCCGCCCCGAAAACCUUCGUUCUUGUAUCUGAAUCGCGCCUCUAGCCUGCAAUCAGUCAACGGAGUAGUCAAAACAAAUUCGAUGGACCGUUCAUCCAACAAGAUUGAUGUGAAGAGCAGCAAGCAUUCAGAAAGCGAAAGUUGGAAUAAUAACACGGCGCCAAAGACCAGCUUGCGGACGGCUCUGUCGGGUAACCUCAAGUGGAACAUUCUCUCUUCAUCGCGAGCCAAUAAGAACCCCGGGUCGGGCCGAGAGAAGGAGGAUAGAGAAUAAUUUAAUUACUUGGAAGCAAUUAAAGCUCAACAUCAUCGUACGAUAUCAUCAUAAUAACCUGAUUUUAUAAAAAGAUUGCCCAGCAAGUUGUUCACGCAUAUUAUGCACACUUUAUUACUGAAUGUACUGUACAAACAUGUCUUGUUCACAUAAAGAAUCCGUAAACAAACUUAUUUAUUUUAUCAA